AUGCGGCGGAUCCUGAACCUUGGGUUGUAUGACAGCCACAGGCGCUUGUAUUCGCUCCGGCGCUUGGACCUCCUCAAGAUUAAUUUUUUUCACCCCAUGGCGGAACAAGCGGCCGCGCAUGGCAAGGUGUUGCCAACAGUACUGACGCACGCCGAGGCCAACACGACAAGAAGAAGGAUCUCCAGCACCACUAAUCUGGCGGCGGCGGAGGCGGCGGCGCCCAAGAUUGAUCGGCCAAAAACCGAGCUGGUCAUAAGGCCGCCGCAGCUCGACUACUCCAUGGGGAACCAUCACACCGUUCAUUUCUUGCCCACCACCUCGGAGAGCAAGGUCGUCGUGGCCGACCGCGGGAACAGCAUUUUGGUUUUAAUCUGA